CAGGGCUGGGGAGACCGGACGCCUGGGUUCUAACCCCAGGGUCUGGGAAGGUUCGGGUCCAACCCGAGAAAGCCCCAGGGGCGGUUGCAGCCCGAGUCGCUAUGGAGGGACGCACAGGAAGGGAGCGGUGUGCGGCUGAGAGCGGGUGGCUGGUGUGGGAGGAAGGGGAGGGGGAGAGGAAAGAAGAGAGGGAUCAGAGUCUCGGCAUCAUCCCCUUGCCUGGGAGCUGCUCAUCAGCUCGGCUGUUAGAAGAAGCGGCUUCUGCUGCCAACCUUGGGAGCCCGGGCUGAGCCGCUACUGCUCCCCUCCCAGCUGCGUCUGUGCUGGGGAGAGCCCUGCAUUAACCCCCUCUGGGCCCAGCUGGGGGACUUUCUCCGGGGGCCGGAACCAGCCCCGGGCUCUGCCGACACCAGCCCCUGAGCCGGAGCCUGCAGGACCCUCCUCCUGCCCCCUCCCCGCCCGCGACCACCUCACCAGACCUUAUUUCCCACAUGGACCAAGGGGAAGAACCCAGUGCCCCAGACCCUCAAGAUUCUUCAGAAAAGGAGACACUGAGCGACUCCCACAUAGCACAGGGAAUGACUCAUGUCUGGAUUCAGAAGGGAGCUGAUGGGUUCAGCAGGGAGAAUGAAGAUGAGAGUCCUCAGCAGGAAAGUCCCGAGCGAAUGGACCUGCAUGGGAUGUUAUCAGGAAGCACCAAAGGGGAAGUUUCCCAGAAUCAUGAAAAGGAAAAAGCCAGUGCGAGUCAGUCUUAUAAAUGCCCCGACUGUGGGAAAAGCUUCCACUGGAGCUCACGCCUUGCCAUUCAUCAGCGAAUCCACACAGGAGAGAAGCCACAUAAGUGUGCCGACUGUGGGAAAGGCUUCAAUUGGAGGGCACAGCUUAUCACACACUGGAGAUGUCACACGGGAGAGAAACCCUUUACAUGUGAGGACUGUGGGAAAAGCUUCAUGCGGAGCUCCAUCCUUACUGAACACAAGAGAAUACACACGGGAGAGACACCUUACAAAUGCGACUAUUGCGGGGAAAGAUUUGCCUGGAGCUCAGCCCUCUCUGUACACAGGAGAAUCCACGUGGAAGGGGAACACUAUCGAUGUAAAGAUUGUGGGAAAAGCUUCUGCAUGAGCUCGGAUCUUAAUAAACAUAGAAGAGUGCACACGGGAGAGAGACCCUAUAAAUGCCCUGACUGUGGGAAGAGCUUCAGAGUGAGCUCAAACCUCACGGCACAUCGGAGGAUCCACACCGGAGAGAGACCCUAUAAAUGCCCCGAAUGUGAGCAAAGCUUCCGGCAGAGCUCCACCCUUCUUAAACAUCAGAGACUACACUUGCAAGAGAGGCCAUAUAAAUGCCCUGAGUGUGGGCAAAGCUUCUGUGUCAGCUCAGCCCUGACUGUUCAUCAGAGGAUCCACACGGGAGAGAGACCUUACAGAUGCAAAGGCUGUGGGAAAAGCUUCAGUAACAGCUCAUCCCUUGUCACCCACCAGAGGAUCCACACGGGAGAGAAACCCUAUAAAUGCCCCGACUGCGGGAAGAGUUUCAGCCAGCGCUCGGCCCUGUCUGCGCACAGGAGCAUCCACAGAGGAGAGAGACCCUAUAAAUGUGACUGUGGGGAAAGUUUCAUUGUGAGUGCUGACCUUCUCAAGCAUCAGAGAAUCCACACGGGAGAGAAACUCUACAAUUGCAAAGACUGUGGGAAAAGCUUCUCUCGGAGCACCAACCUUGCUGCCCACGGGCGGAUCCACCGGGGAGAGAAACCUUAUAAAUGCCCCGACUGUGGGAAAAGCUUCACUAGCAGCUCAACCCUUAUUACGCAUCGGAGAGUGCACACGGGGGAGAGGCCCUAUAACUGCUCUGACUGCGGGAGAAGGUUCAGUCAGAGCUCAGCCCUUACUAAGCAUCGGAGAAUCCACACGGGGGAGAGGCCCUAUAACUGCUCUGACUGUGGGAAAAGCUUCACCAACAGCUCCCAUCUUAUUAGACAUCAGAGAACCCACACGGGAGACAGUCCCUAUAAAUGCCCCGAAUGUGGGAAAAGAUUCAGGCAGAGCUCGGCCCUUCUGAAACAUUGGAGACUCCACAGGGGAAACACUGUAAAUGUCGACUUUACAGAGAAUGCUCAGACCACCAGUGAAGCCAGGUGGGAUGGGAAUCCAUGAUGCACCUUGAUUGGAACUCUGCAGCAUUAAAAAAAAUUGCAGGAAAACUCA